GACACUUGUCGAAGUCGCAGGUCUUUUUGAUGGGAGGUGCUGAGCGCGGAAGGAGCACUGGAUCCAUGGCAACAAUCAUGGCAGAAGCUGAGACACGCCAGAAGCUGCUGCGCACCGUCAAGAAAGAGGUGAAGCAGAUUAUGGAGGAAGCAGUCACCAGGAAAUUUGUUCAUGAAGACAGCAGCCAUAUUGUUUCCUUUUGUGCUGCGGUGGAGGCGUGUGUUUUGCAUGGGCUAAAACGUAGAGCAGCUGGCUUUCUUCGAAGCAACAAGAUAGCUGCCUUGUUCAUGAAGGUGGGCAAGAGCUUUGCCCCAGCUGAAGAGCUCUGCAAGAAGGCCCAAGAGCUGGAUCAAGUCUUUGAGACUAAACGAAGCCAAAGCUUGCAAAGCCAAGAUAGCUUGCGCAAAAUGCCUCGUCUCCCCAGCCUCACUCCAAAGGCCAGCAAGAACCUCUGGAUCCGGACAGCUCUCUUCGAGAAGGUGCUGGACAAGAUCGUCCUCUACUUGGUAGAAAACAGCAGUAAAUAUUACGAGAAAGAAGCUGUUCUAAUGGACCCUGUAGACGGACCCAUCCUUGCUUCUUUGUUGGUGGGACCUUGUGCGUUGGAGUACACAAAGAUGAAGACAGCUGAUCACUUCUGGACUGACCCCUCGGCUGACGAGUUAGUGCAAAGGCAUCGCAUACACAGUGGUCACUGCAGGCAGGACUCUCCCACCAAAAGACCUGCAUUGUGUAUCCAGAAGCGUCAUUCCAGCAGCAGCAUGGAUGAGCGCCCCUCACCUUCGCCAUCAGCACGGGACUACGUAGAGUCACUGCAUCAAAACAACAGGGCCACGCUGCUGUUUGGCAAAAACAACGUGCUUGUUCAGCCGAGGGACGACAUGGAGGCUAUCCCAGGUUACCUUUCUCUGCAUCAGACGGCUGAACUCAUGACACUGAAGUGGACGCCCAACCAGCUCAUGAACGGCUCUGUCGGGGACCUGGAUUACGAACGGAGUGUGUACUGGGACUACGCCAUGACCAUCCCUCUGGAAGAGAUAGUGUACUUGCAUUGCCAUCAACAAGUCGAUAGUGGGGGCACAGUGGUGCUGGUCAGUCAGGAUGGCAUCCAGAGGCCUCCCGUUCGCUUCCCUAAAGGAGGCCACCUGCUCCAGUUCCUGUCCUGUCUGGAGAAUGGUUUGCUUCCUCACGGCCAGCUGGAUCCUCCACUGUGGUCUCAGAGGGGAAAGGGCAAAGUGUUUCCUAAGUUGCGCAAGAGGCUUCCUCAGGGAUCUGGAUCUACAGACUCUGUCUCCGAUAAAGAAGAGGACGAGGCCACGGACUAUGUCUUCCGCAUCCUCUUUCCAAAUAGCCUGUCAGAAUUUGUGACUCCACCAGACUUAAUGGAUCAAGGCUCUGCAAUGUGGCAUCCCACUCUCAGGAAGUCCUCAUGCUCGUCUUGCUCCCAGGGCAGCUUUUCCGACGGCUCCACGCCCAAAGGGUGCAACUACGAGAGGGCUCCUCUGAAGCUGCUGUGUGACAACAUGAAGUAUCAGAUCAUCUCGCGGGCAUUUUACGGCUGGUUGGCGUACUGCCGUCACCUGUCGACUGUGCGCAUUCACCUCUCGGCUCUCGUCAAUCACACUAUUGUGUCGCCCAAUGUGCCGUGUGAUGCCCACAAAGGACUCACUGCAGAUGUGUGGCAGAUGUUUCUCCAGGACUGCACAACCUACAAGGAGCAGGAGCUGCUUCGCUUGGUCUAUUUCGGAGGUGUCGACCCCUCACUGCGUAAGGAGGUGUGGCCAUUCUUAUUGGGGCAUUACCAGUUUGGAAUGUCUGAAGCAGAAAGGAAGGAGGUGGAUGAGCAGGUGCGAGUAUGUUACCAGGCGACCAUGCGUGAAUGGCUGAGCUGUGAGGAGAUCGUUCGCCAGCGGGAGAAGGAGCAGCACGCUGCAGCUUUAGCAAAGUGCUCCUCAGGGGCGAGCAUGGACAGUACCAGUUCAAAGAUAGUCCAUCAUUACUCAACUGUCAGCAAUGAGUCCCGGUCGUCCCAGAGUUCAGACAGGCAGAGUCUGGCUCGUCUGCAGAGUGACUCCAGCACCAGCACACAGUUCUUCACAUCCUCCCAUCCCUUCCCCUGGAGUAGUCUGCUUCCCUUUGGCUUGUUCUUGCAGGUCUUUGAAUCAGUAGAAGAGGUGGAGCAGAUUGAGACAGAACCCAAGAGCGAGGAGGCCAAACAGGCGCCAAAGGUUCCCAAUGGGGCAGUCCAGAACGGGACGACUUCACCCGACUCUGGACACCCCUCUUCCCGCAACUUCUCAGUCACCUCCGGCGUGUCUGAUGGCUCACUCAGCACAGAGGACAACAUAGCGCUCGAAGCCUCUUCGAGACCCUCAGAUAAAGCUCCUCAGGCGGAGCAAGGUAAGAAACCUGAUGGGACCAAGUCUCAGGUUCUGGAAGUACUGGAAGAGCCCAACAAGUCAGAGGAUCCCAAAGCAGAUGAAACCCAGUGUGAAGGUGGUGCCUUGUCAGGAAAAGAUAUGCCUGAUAAGGAAAGGAUGGUAGUAGUGUCUACAGAAUCCCAGGAACAAAGACUGAAAAAGGAAGAUGUAAAGAAAACAACAGAAGAGCGUCCGACUGAACAGUUAAAACCUGAAGACAAACCUUACCUCGGUGUGACAUCACCUAAAGAGUUUAAAGGAGAAGAUGGCAUCAAAGAUCCCGGAGCCGAGGAGACUGAUAAGAAACUGUCUUUAUCAGCAGACAGUAGGGUGUUGAGGGCAAGAGAAGCCUACUGUGCCUCUCAGAAGGCAGAAGCUGAUGCCCUGACUGAAUCAGAUGACUCUCCCUCAGCUAUAGAGAUGGAAGAGAUUCCCAAAGCCAAUGUUUCCAUGGUGCCCUGGAACAAGAAGGCUCGCUGUGAACCUUUGUCUUCCUCUGAGGACUUUGCCUCCUACACAGAUCCGAGACCAGAGCGGGGACAGGAAAAGCCAAGUCCAGAAGACACAGAGUCCAUUCUGUCAGAGGAGCCAGAAAUGGAGAGCCUCUACCCUCACUUUGAGUCCCUCGAUGCAUGUACAGACGUCACGGAAGCCAACUCACAACUGUCUGCUGGAGGGGGUUUCUCUCAAGAGCUUUUAGACUUGUAUACGCUGAAUCUGCACCGCAUUGAAAAAGACGUGCAGCGCUGUGACCGUAACUACUGGUACUUUACACCUGCAAACCUGGAGAAGCUACGCAACAUCAUGUGCAGCUACAUCUGGAGGCACCUUGACAUCGGAUACGUCCAAGGCAUGUGUGACCUGUUGGCUCCACUUCUGGUCAUUUUGGAUGAUGAGGCACUAGCCUUCAGCUGUUUCACAGAGUUAAUGAAGAGGAUGAAUCAGAACUUUCCACACGGAGGAGCGAUGGAUACUCACUUUGCCAACAUGCGCUCUCUGAUCCAGAUCCUGGAUUCUGAGCUAUUUGAGCUGAUGCACCAGAAUGGAGACUACACCCACUUCUACUUUUGCUACCGUUGGUUUCUGUUAGACUUCAAGCGAGAGCUGGUGUACGAUGAUGUAUUUGCAGUGUGGGAAACCAUCUGGGCAGCCAAGUUUGCUUCAUCUAGUCACUUCGUCCUCUUCAUUGCUUUGGCGCUGGUGGAGAUCUACAGGGACAUCAUCCUGGAAAACAACAUGGACUUUACAGAAAUUAUUAAAUUCUUCAACGAAAUGGCCGAGCACCACAACAUCAAGCAGAUUUUGACCCUGGCGAGAGAUCUGGUGUACAAGGUGCAGAUGCUGAUAGAGAACAAGUGAUGGCGGUGAGGGGGGGUGGGGAUUAUUAUGUCUUCUAUUUCCUUCCAAGUCAAGCGUAAUCAUCUGUAGCAGCACACACACACACACACACACACACACACACACACACACACACACACACA